GCCGGUGCGGAAAUAUCCACCGUUCAUCCGGAACAAUACGCCAAACGAUUCCGCGACUUCAUCUCUACUAUUUUCGCAUAGUGCAUCUUUCCCAGUCUUGAUCUCGACUGUCUUCCCAUGUCGUUCAGUUCGGGAAAAUGGAACUCGAACACAACACUACAUCAGACCACAAUGAAACAUCAUGGUUUUUUGAAUGUAACCUUGAGCUGGACCAGGACACUCGGCGCAUUUGGCUCUUCCUGCUCUACCUGUUCCUGUUCAUGGUGGGUUUGGUCGAGAACUGCCUGGUGAUUUGGGUAAACUGGCGCAGGCGACACUCAGCCAGCGGUGUGCUCUUCUGUGUUAUCAACAUGAGCCUGUCUGACCUGAUGGUGGUUUUCACUUUGCCAUUCUUCAUGCUGGAAGUAGCAAUGGCCGAUGUUUGGGUUUGGGGUCGAUUCCUCUGCAAGGUGACGCACUUCAUCUACGUCAUCAACUUCUACAGCAGUUCCUUCUUCCUGGCCUUCAUGACUCUCGAGAGGUACCUUACGGUAACGCGACCAAACACGCCUGCAUGCUUCCCGCUGCAGCCCAGGCACCGGCGAUGGCUGCUGUGUGCCGGAGUGUGGCUUCUGUCCCUGGUUUUGGGGUUGCUAGAAAAUGUACACGUAGACCUGCUUGAGUGGCAUGAACCCGGCUGCUACGUGAUUCCUGAGAAAAACUUCACUGAGUGGUUUCUCUCCCUUGCCUUCUUCUCCAUUAUCUUUCAGCUGUUAGGUCCUGCGUCGGUCAUCAUCACCUGCAACAUCCUGAUUGCGCGGGCCAUUCGGGCCUCUCCGGACGUACAGAAUCACAGAGAUCUUUGGUUGUUGCACGUGUACUCACUGGUCUUCAUGGCCUGCUGGCUACCUUACCAUUUUAUGACAUUCAUGCUCGUGGUGGACAUCCUGAACCCAUACCUGAUGUCCUGCAACACUACAAAAAUAAUAGUUUUCUCUUUGAGCAUUGUACAGUGUAUCUCAUUCUUCCAUUGCAUUGCCAACCCCAUUCUCUAUAACUUCCUGAGCAAGAGCUUUCGUGCCAACCUCAUUAACGAUAUUUUUUCCCGUCUUUCCUCACCACCGUUCGGCAAGGUAGCCAAUACAGCCGAUGGUGUGGGGAGGUCACAGCAGAAGGAGAGAAAGCUCAGCAAUGCCAGCACCAGUCACUCAGAGAUAGGAACCUAAGAAGGAAAGUUCCCAUCAAGUCAUAAUGAAGUCUUCUGAGUGAGCCAAAUUUGAGAAGAAACAAAAAGUCCUCCAUACCUUUAAUUUUGUCUGAACACCUCCACAUAGCUAAGGGGUCUAUUUUAAAAUCAUAGAAUCAUCUCAUUUUUUUCGUCCCAGAUAAAUUAAUAACAGUUUCUCAGUGCAAGGACUGGUAGCCAUUAUGGAAGAACAUUUUACGACACUGAACAGUUUGUUUGCAAACACUAGAGCUGGAAGGAACAAAUGGAAUGGAGUCAAACAUCCAUGUAAAAAAAAAGGUUAGGGGUUAGUGUUAGUAGUUUUAAAGCAGGAAGGGAAAUAUCUCCCUGCAUCCCACUCCACAGGAAGCGAUGGCUUUAUUAUUGACGAACAAGCCACAUGCCACAGAAUAAAGGAAGCGCAGCAAUCAAACAUUUGCACAUGAUGAUCUGUACACUGGACAAAAUCUAAACCUAUUGCUCUACAUUAUGUUUAUACAAGAACCUAUAUUUAAAAUAAAAAAAAAGUUUAUUGUUUUGUUGUGUUUCUUGUUCGGUUUUGUAUUGUUUUAAUAAAACUCAUUUCACAAAUUGCAAGA